GAGCUGUCAGCUGUCAAAUUGCAAAAUUAACCUCAACAGAGCAUAUUUAUUUUUCCAUAAUAUUUAUUUUAAAGUACUUUUAUAGUUUUCAAAAAUGACAAAAUAUGCUCCAAGGGACGUUGGUCCAUUUUUACAAUUCUUCAGGGACGUUUUAUUAGGGAGAACACACGUAAAGGCUUUACGUUUUGAACCAUUCUUAGCUACUCGUUCACCACCUCCACCAGCUAUACCAGAUGGUCCAUCGAGCAAAUUAUCAGCUAAUUAUUAUGUAAGUAGAGAUGCCAGAAGGGAAGUUAUGCCACCUACCGUUUUACAUGCUCAGAACCUACUUGCAUCUGGAGAAGCCACCCCUAAAUGUGCUCGAACAAAGUUGCCGACUCCAGGACAAGUUUAUAGAUGGGAUUAGAGCUUCAUAAAAUUAUAUAGAAUCUAAUAUAGAUGGAAACAAUAUUUCAAAUAGAAC